UUUUUGUGUUUGUUUGUUGUUUCCUUUGCCCGACUGUUUUGAAACCCGAAGUUUGCACUUCGUCCUAAAUACGGCACCAUCUAUCAGAUCGUACCAUAGAUUAGAACCUCUUAUCGACAACUUCUUAUCAGCUUCGUAUUCCCAAAUAGACGUUGACAAUCAGUUUUUCGUUGUUUAGAAUGAAUUCAGCUCGAACUCGGGGCGAUGGUAUGGAAACAGAGUCGCUGCAUGUGACCAGCUCGGCACCGCAACGCAAAGCAUCGACUGGCAAUAGUGAGAUUAAGUUACCGACAGACUUCGACUUGCAGCGAUUGCUGCCUCAUUCCGGAGCAAAUCCAAUCUAUCGCCCGACUGAAUUAAACACAACCCGAAGUGCCUCGCUGGCCCCAACAGUACCAAAGGGUACCAUUUUCAACUUGGUACCAAAGUUGGUUCCAAACUCCAACAAAACAACCAGCGGAUUGCGGAGCAAAGAACCUCGCUUUGUUCCGUUCGAGCCCUAUAAAGGGGCCGUUAAUCCGAUUAUCCCAUUCAAGAACAACGAAAAUCGAAUUAAAAUAAGUGACCGCAACAACCUCGACCUGAAUGUGCUUGUGUCGCAAAUGUCCACAAUCACUAACAAAGAACUGAAAGGCGAUAUGGGCGCUACAGAAGAAUCUAAUGCUGAUAGGCAGAAAUUUGAGAAGCAGAUUGAAGCUUUGACAAAGGAACGUGAUUAUUAUCAGAGCCAGCUGAAAUUUCAAGCGCAGGUUAACUCAGAACUGAAAAACUUACUGGUGGCUGCCGUUGGUGAGGAUUUACAGACGAAGGUUAAUGUUUUAACCGAGGAUAAAUUGCAUUUGGCGCGGAAGCUGCUGAACUCGGCAGAGAAUCUUUCCUCGCAUACGGAACAAAUCGAGUUUCUAGCAGGCCAGAGCGAGGUAUGGCGGAGCAAGUUUCUUGCCAGCAGUCUAAUGGUUGAAGAAUUGGCCCGUUGGAAAACUAGUCUGCUGCAGAAGAAUUCCUUGCUGCUGGCUUCCAACAAAGGACUGCUCGAGGUGACCGGUAAGCUGCGUGAAAUGCAGACCGAUAUUCUGCGCAAUCUUAAAUUUCUUUCGAACCAGAAAGAAGUCGAACUGAAGUCCUCCAACGUGCUUGAACUGACAGCGGAAAGUGUCAACAUUUCCGAACAACUGGUGCUAGCCCAUCCGGCACUGGGAAUGCCGGAAGCGCUCGACUUUACCGGACUGGAGCCACUGUGCGGGGCAGAAAAAUCCGCCAUUCAAGCACUGCAGCACUCGAACGAACCGCUGAUGAGCCCCGAUGAGGCGUUUCGUGCCAUUUUUGGACAGGCUUUCCCUUCGAUUCCCUCCAUGAAAGCGUACGUGAGCAACCGAGAAGCGGCCGCCAUCGAUCGACAGGCGCAGGAUGAAGAAUUUGAAGUAGUGGACAGCUCCGUAAUCAAUUCUGCUACACUAACUACUGCCAAUUAAAGCCGUUUUUAAUCUUUUAUCUUGUAAAUUUUGGCAAUAAAAUCGCAACAUCGCACUUUUAA